AUGGGCAAUUGUAUAAAUGCUAUGGAUCCUGUGUUCGGUUCUAUACCGACCGGUAUCAACGUCGACGGUACACUGAUUAAAGAAUCGGGGCUGCCAAUCAUUUUCUUAAUUGGAGGACCGGGAGUCGGAAAAAAAACAUUAACCAGCAGGGUAGCCGAAAGGUACGGUUUCGUGGGCUUAAUCAGCGCCGACUUAAUUCGCCAAGAGGUGUCCAUGCGUACCGAAAGGGCCUUCACAUUAGCACGUAUGAUGUCCCAGGGUCAAUUAGUACCCACGAAUAUCGUGGUCGAAUUGAUCGCAGUGAAGAUGCUUGAACAUCUAAGAGAAAAUAAAGGGUUCCUCGUGAUUGGAUUUCCACAACAGAAAGAACAAUGCAGAAUAUUCGACAGAGCAAUAAGGCAACCUGAUUUGGUUUUGUUUCUACAAGCCAGGAACUCUGUUCUAAGCGAUCGAAUAAUGGCCAGAACGAUCACGACCAGAGCGAGGAUGUCGAUGAACUUCGAUUCUAUUAGGAAACAGAUUAAAGAUUUCCAUAAAAGGAAUCGAUCGGUUAUGAGAUAUUAUAAACAUUUAUUGGUGGUGAUCGAUGGAGAGCCUGAUGUGACGACGGUGUACGAAAAAGUGUGUGAAGUUAUUGACAACAUGUUGCUUAAUUUCUCGACGUCGUCGAAUGUUCAGUCAAACGUUGCCACACCAGUAAAUAACAAAAAAUAA